UGUGUGUGUGUGUGUGUGUGUGUGUGUGUGUGUGGUGCUAUAAAUAUUGUUUCUACUUCCAUAACGUUAAUUAUACAAGUUUGUUCAAAAGUAAUUUUAGUGGCUUGCACUACUUGUAGCUGAAGUUUCACAGUGAACAUAUGUGGCUUCAUUUUUCGUUCUUCCUUGUACUAUUCUUUUGUUUCAGCGGUAAAUGUGCAACAUUGUGAGUGUGUGUGUGUGUAGAUACCUGGUGUCCUGUUCUCUCUCUCUCUCUGGAAGGCACAUAGUAGUCUCGCUGGCCACAGCGACAGACUAGAAGGCAGGUGUUAAACUACCAAUGCUGCAGUAGUGUGUGUGUGUGUGUGUGUGCAGGUUGCCCAUGGUAUCCAGACAGAAAGGCCUCUAUUGUUUUCUUUAUGGCAUGCCAGUGUCAUUGUAAUGUGCCCUGGCACAGUAAAGUAUUUCCUAUUCACAGGAGAGUUCCUCAUGGGAUCAGUAAUGAGGCUGUUGUCCUGCUAAUUGACUAUGCGCAAUUCCCUGAUCUUGAUCACAUCCUAUCAGGAAGUGUGAGACAUGGGGCUGUACAGUGAUGAAUAGAAGAGCCGCCCUGCCUCAGAUCUGACCAUGAGAAUAGUGGGGUAGUCAAGUGGGCAGGAAGGCUUCAGUCAAGUGCUGAAUUUCAUAGUGGAUUGCCAGAAGGUGGUGGAGUCAUUGUAGUGAGAGGUGGGCUGUUUCCUUCCUCAAUGGUAUUGUGGCCUAGCGCUAGAGUAUGUGAAUUCAAUUGAUGGUCUACUGUGGGAUUUCCUGUACACCUUGGUAUGCAGUGAUUAUGGUAGUGGUGGGCUAAGGUGGCCAGGUUGGUGACUACCCUUUGUGUCCUGGCUUCCUGUGUGUAAGUCAACUGUGGGAUCUGUGAGUACUACCUUUCACUACUUCACACCACAUCCCCCAUUGACCUUUGCCUGUGCCUGUUUACCCUAUAUCCCUAGACAGCAGUUUGCUGCUUGACUUGGGUAUACUGUACCUUUCAUUAUUUAACCUUGCUCCUUUCAUUAUCGUGCCCCUUUUACAAUACUGUGACAUGUAGUGCUAUGCUUGUCAAGCAUUACUUGGCAUUCAGAGAUGAGUAUUCCUUCCCAGCCUAACAAUUGCCCCACUGACUCCCCCUGCCCUGCUCUCUUACUAGGAAAUGGAGGAGGGGUGUUGUCAGUUCCUCCAUCUACUACACAUCCACCUCCUACUAUUCCACUACACCACAUAGGAAUGUACAGGUCACACAGGUACUCGGUGGCCAUUGCAUACAGUAAUUGCUGGCCUUAUAGUAGGACAGGGAAUGAAAGUGGUGCAUUUCCGUGUGAAAUGGUUCUGUGGUUUUAGAGUUGCAGGAGUGCACCUACCCUCUUAUUAAUGCCCCAUCUACUGUGCCUUCCCUCCCUUCCCUUGUUGGUAACAACCUCAUUAUUAUCUCACAGGGGAGGUUAAAAAGCGAAUGUGGAUGUUUUCAUACAGUGUAAUUGCAGUCUGCAAUACUGUUCACAGGGAGGGGGUUGUUGUGUUGUGGGUCAGAAUUGUCCGAUGCUUGGACACUGGCAGUCCAGGCCGUCUGGGGGAGACACAGUGUUACCUUUCUCGUGUUGGCACUCCAUCACUGACUUCUAGGAUUUGUAAAAAUUACUCUGUUGUGUGUGCAGAGCUGGUACUAUCUAAUGCACACAUGGUUGCAUACAUACUAUACAUGGUUGCAUUGCACAUUGUACUGUUUCACUUCCUGUCAAAAUAUUCCACUAAGUGUGGUGUCAUCUCUACCUCCAGGCAACUCUGCACACCUGUACCGAGCUCAAGACAAGCAGAAGUGUAUCCACGUGACCCUCCUCUACUCGGACAAUGGGAGUGGCCUCAACUCGGCCGACAAGAUCAAGAGCAUGGGUAAUGUGGGGGCCACCCAGAUCACUCUUACCCAGGACGGGAAGCACCACCUCCUGGGGCUCCACACAGACUCCUCGGGCAUGGAGAACCUGUGGAAGGUGGUGUGUGGGACCGGGUCGGCCUCCGCUGCCAUCCAGACCGGUCUCCUGGCGGUUCGUCUGGAGGGUGGGGUGACCAUGUGGCUGUCGUCCACCGGAGGAGGGGGAGGGACUGGGAGUAACAAGACGGGGGAAGCAACACAGCAGUCAUCUUCAGUCAGACACGAGAGGAUUGGCAGCUCAGGUCAUCCAGUGACUGUGCCCAGCCUUCCCCUCCACUCCUCUCCCCACGUCCACAACUCCACUGUCUCUGUCAUCAGCUCUCACUGGGCCUCUCCCAUCCCCAGCCCCUCCGUCACCAAACUCAGCUCCACCCCCUCUCCCUCCACUCGCCCCGCCCUCCCUUCGCCGCUCAUGAACUCCACCACCAAAGGCUCUCCUCACCGGACCGGCUCACUCGCCAACUUUGGCGGUCUCCCGAUCAGCGUGUGUCCGACCCCAAUACUGACUCCACAACAGAUGCACCAGCAGAUGAGGAGGAUUCAGUCAGAGCACGGCGGACGGCUGUCGUACCUUGACCGACAUGACGACGAGAAGAGGAGGAGGAACGGGAUGCUUAUCCACCAGGAGAGUGCCCCUGCAAUUAUCGUCAACGAUGGAACUCGGACGCUCUCCGUGCCCAGUCCCAGUACACUGGCGAAACUGCAGAGCACCGUGAACGAGCAUCGCAUCGAGUGUGUGGACCAGCUAACCCAUCCUCCCACUGGCAGCAGUGGCAACAGCCCCACGGGCAAGUCUGACUCCACGGUUCACUUUGCCAAGCUCCGGCAGCAGUUCAUCAGUGAUGCCAUGGAGUGGAGCAACAGGCUAUCCCUCCCUCAACAGCAGCCACAACCCGAGGCCACCGCCAAUACCUCCACCGUAGGCAUGAGCAUGGAGGACCAGGAGAAACUCCUGAGUCAGCAUUUUGAGAAGAUGCACAGGCAGCAGACGAGCUCCCCCUCACUCACCCUUCCCUCCUUCACUCCCUUCCCCGCCGCCACCCUCCCCAUCUCAUCCCCACAGAACUCCCGGCCACGCAGCAAAUCCCCCAAACCCUCUCCCAUCCAGCUCCCCUCUACCACUGCCCCUACAAUUAACCCACUCAUCAACCCCAGCAGUCUUUAUGGGUUCCUACCCACCACGUCUGGUCUCCCGGGGCUCCAGAUCCCAGCCACAGCUGCCAACCUUCUCUUCAACCCUUCCUCCCACGCACAGUAUGCUGCCCUCCUCAACCAGUACUUCCAGAUGAUGUCAUCGCAGAGCAUGGCCGCCAUGGCCGUUGGCAACAAACAGCAACAGCCUCUGAUUAUCAGCGACCCGAACAUCCUCCAGAGCCUUCAACAGGCUAUAGUGGUCCUCCCGGAUGGCACCCUCACCCCGGCCAACCUCAACCUGGACUCCAUGCUCAAGAAGGAGCCCGUCCACCAGCAGGUGUUUGAACAGACCUCCCCCACUAAGAGCCCUAGCAGUGUCGGGAAGAGGGCCGGCUCUCCAAAUAGCGACGUCUCGAGAUUGGCCCCGCCUCCGAAACGACGUCGCUCUAGUUCCCUCCCCGACAUCACCCAGCUCCCGUCCGUGGUGGACAAGAAUGCUCCCAUCCAGGAGGAGAGGGAGGCCGAGGAGAGAGAGGCAGAGGAGGAUGCCGUAGCCACCGCUAACAGGAGCAGGAAGGAGGCGGGUAAGCGGAGGAACAUGCCGCCACUCAGCAUGAUCCAGAUCCCCAAGGAGGGAAAGAUGCACGACCCCAUGCUGGGGUUCCCCACGCCACCACAGAGCAGCCCCCACUUUGCCUCCUCGCCGCUCAUACCUAACAUCAUGAGCAACAUGUUCCAGCCGCACCCCAUGACCCCAAUUACCCCGGGGCAGGACUCGUUUAACCAGGAAGACAUCAAGGAGCUGGUGGGAGAGACCAGUGCCCAGACACCACUGCCUGCCUCUCCAAACGGAUCCUCCAGCCUUCCUCCCUUUCCGACAGGGAGAGGUCCGAUCCAGCUGUGGCAGUUCCUCCUGGACCUCCUCAUCUCCCCCGACAAGAGCCACCUCAUCCACUGGACUGGCAACGGCUACGAGUUCCGCAUCCUCCUCCCCGAGGAGAUUGCCAAACUUUGGGGCGCCCGCAAGAACAAGCCUCGUAUGAACUACGACAAGCUCUCCCGUGGCCUUCGCUACUACUACUCCAAGGGGAUCAUGGACAAGGUCCCGGGAAAGAAACUCACGUUCAAGUACACCUGCGACGUCCCCAACUACCUGCAGUCUCGUGGGGCCGCAGUCCGGGCCGUCAGUACCAACGGGAAGACGGCCAUGAGCACAGAGGCUUGACACUGCUCACAACCUGUGUGUGUGUGUGUUUGUGUGUGUGUGUGUGUUGUGUAUUUCCCUCUCCUUGUCAAUAUAAUUGCGGGUGUGUUUGUUUGUGUGUGUUUUUGUAUUGUGUCAUGCUGGUGAAAUUGUGUGUAGAGUGGUGUGUGUUGUGUACAAGUUUUUGGUGCUGUGUUCUUGUUCUUAUGGAUCACUGUUAGUCUGUAAGCUGUUCUAGGUUUCAAUUAUGAAUUAUCGUCAUAACAAUGCCCACCCCACCUUCAUAUUAUUCCCCCGUUUUUAUAGUUAUACAUUAUUCUAUCCACAAUUUCUUCUCACCCCUGUAUUAAUAACAUUUAUGAUUAUCUUGCUGAUUGACUGAGAUGUUAAAACAUUGAUCUUAAGUUUUGGUGCACUCUGAUAA